AUGGCUUCCACCACAGUAUUCCCCCAGGGCGUGGGAUAUGGAAUCGUCGUCGGCAUCGGCUUCUUCUUCGCCCUUCUCAUGAUGUUCAUGUCUUAUAUUCAGAACAAAUACACGAAAUACUCUACUCACACCAGCGAAGAGUUCAACACUGCAAGCCGGAGUGUCAAGCCAGGUUUGAUUGCGAGCAGUGUGGUCUCGGCGUGGACAUGGGCUGCGACCCUUUUGCAGAGCAGCACCGUCGCCUACGAGUACGGCAUUGCCGGUCCCUUCUGGAUCUUCAUGUUUUCCGUGCUGGCAUGCAAGGUCAAGCAGAAUGCCCCCUACUGUCACACCUUCUUGGAGAUCAUUUACCAUCGAUACGGCAAGGCGACCCAUAUCGUCUUCAUCUCAUUUGCGCUGUUGACCAACGUGCUGGUCGCCAGCCAGCUGCUGCUCGGCGGCAGUGCCGUCGUGACGGCACUGACUGGCAUGAAUGUCUAUGCGGCCGUGUUCUUGAUCCCCUUGGGCGUCUGUGCCUAUGUCGUCCUUGGUGGCCUCCGUGCAACGUUUCUAUGUGACUAUUCGCAUACGGUCAUCAUGCUGUCCAUUAUACUGUACUUCAUGUUCUCCGUUUACUCGACCAAUGAGCUCAUCGGCUCCCCCACGAAGAUGUUCGAGCUUCUGCAAAAGGCCGCACUUGAAAGACCAGUCAGUGGUAACACGGACGGCUCCUAUCUCACUAUGAAGUCCAAUUACGCCCUGAUUUUUGGCGUGAUCCAGCUAUGCUCUGGCUUAGGCACCGUGUUUCUUGAUCAGGGAUACUGGCAGCGAGCUAUUGCCAGCCGUCCAACAACGGCCGUACGGGCCUAUAUCCUGGGAGGAAUGGCAUGGUUUGCCGUUCCCUUUGGGUUUGCCACGACGCUGGGUCUGUGUGCGGUCGCUUUGACUGGCAAUCCUCGGUUUCCAACAUACCCCAGCCCAAUGUCGGAAUCACAGGUCUCGUCGGGAUUGUCCGCGCCGUUUGCGGCCACCGCGCUACUCGGCAAGAGUGGCGCGGGUGCCUUGUUGUUGACACUCUUCAUGGCGGUCACGUCGUCUGCGUCGUCGGAGCUCAUCGCUGUGUCGUCCAUCCUUACAUUUGACAUCUACAAAACCUAUGUCAAACCGUCAGCCACUCCUGAGCGGCUCAUCUUCGUCUCGCACGCCAUGAUCUGUGUCUUUGGACUAGUCAUGGCUACCUUCGCCUGUAUCUGGAACGCCAUCGGCAUCGACCUUGGCUGGCUGUUCUUGACGAUGGGUCUCCUCAUCGGCGGCGCCGUUUUCCCCGCCGCUUUUGCCGUCACCUGGAAGGGCCAGACUCGUUUGGGUGCCAUGUCUGGUGCAAUUGGCGGCUGUAUCGCCGGCGUGACCGCCUGGCUGGUCGAGGCCAAGGUGUACUACGGCGAACUGACGAUUGCCAGCACGGGCAGUUCCUAUCCGACGCUCGCGGGAAACCUGGCCGCUGUCAUGACCGGCCUGAUCCUUUCGGUUACGAUAUCGCUGAACAAGCCCGACGACUUCGACUGGCAAAUCACCCGCUCCAUCAAUAUGGACAUGCCCAAGACCGCCGAAACGCUCGUCGCGCGGAACGACGUUGGGCCGGUCUCUGAGAAGAACGUCGCUGUGGCGUCUCCUCCGGUUGACCCCACCGAGGACAAGAAGACGGCUAGCAACGAUGUCGAAGAUCCCAUUUGUGACGACAAGGGAAAGCGAGAAGAUGAAGGUGUGAUUGAAGAUCCUAAGAGAUUGAAGAGUACCUUCAUAGUCGCACUCAUCUCGACGGUAGUGCUGUCUUUUAUCAUGGAUAUCCUAAUCCCCAUCCCUAUGUUCUUGUCACACUACGUCUUUUCGGAGAAAUUCUUCACUGGCUGGGUGGUCAUUACGUUCAUCUGGGUGUUCGGAUCCCUGACAAUUUGCGGCUUCCUCCCUGUCUUUGAGGUGAGAGUCUUCUUCAUGCAGCUGCUGAGAUCCGGCAAGAAGAGCUCAUGA